GCAUAACACCGCCAUUCGCAACAAAACAUUUUAAAGCUCUCUAUAGACAUUAGUAUGCCAUGACAUUUGGUUAAAGAGGAUUAUUAACUUUUACUAGAAAUAGCACACAUAUAAUAAGGAUUAAAAGAUGGGUGGUCAUAUAGGCUCUAUUUAUACAGUUAUUUUAAUCUUUAUUUCUUGCUUCAUGUUGUUAUUAUUUGUAUCACACAUUUCCUUAUGAACACAAUCCAGGAAGCAGGUACGUGGGAAAGGUGCACACGUGUGUGGGCCUAUACGUCACAAAUAAAACUUCACAAAAGAAGAAAUUGAAGUGCAGCUUAUUAAUAUCGGAUAGCUUUCGUGCCGAUUUGCACAAAAUCUUCGGUUAAUGGCGUUUGACUGAGCACAGUAUUACUCUCCCCCAGAUUAGCAGACGGGCAGUAAUGGGGGCGAAAAGAAAGAAGGCUGGGAAUUGACAUCACAAAUCCAGCACGACCGCAGACGGCUAAGCGUACGACUCACAACCCGGGCAGAGACGCUCCAAACAUCGGCGCGCUUUGCACCGCAUCUCCGUACUACGGGUCUGUGUGUCGGGAGCGGUUCGAAGCCCAGAAGAUACCCAAGGCUCAGUUCAGGAACUAUCAUCAUAACAUGAUGGAGAUCCUGAAAGUGAUCGUGAAACAGCUUUAACAUUCGAGCAUGAAUGCCGUAAACCCACCCCGUCUCCGCCCAUGCACGAGUUUCUGUUCAGUGCAGUUUUCCGGGUUGCUGACGGUACAAAUGCGCCCCUCACGCGGGCUGCUGGCAGACAGCACAGAUGAAGCCCCUCAGCAGUUUGCCCCUGGGUCCUGCCUCAUUUCUGCUUCUGCUGGUCAGCCUCACAGCCGUCCACUCCAGCGGACCAGUGCUGACCUGCUGUCUGAAGACGUCCAAAACCGUGCUGAGGGUACAACAGAUAAGGAACUAUUACCAGCAGAGUGCGGGCCUGUGUCCAGUGGAUGCCGUCAUAUUCGUUGUCGGAAAGAAAAAGGUAAAGAUCUGUUCCAGCCCCGAUGAGCCUUGGGUGAGGAAGGCCAUGAAGUCUGUGGACAGCAGAAGGAGGAGAAGGCUGUGGGGGGAGCAGGAGGUGCCGCGGAAGAAGAAGCCGACCUCUGUGCGGAGAAGAGCGCCCCCUGCUGAUUAAUUACAGCUUGCAUUUUUCUGGAAUGUUUUGCCAAUAUGUGAAAUAUUGGAAUAUGAAUAUAUUUUAGGCGUGCCGUCUAGUAUCUGCAUCUUGUAUUAAUUUUCUUUUUCAUGUGCUUUAUUUUCUGCAUACAGAACAUGCUGAUUGUGUGUACACCUGAUUUCCCCCUUUAAACAAAGUCAUUUCAAAGAUAUUUUAAAAGUUUAUAAGAAUUCUGAACCUUGCCCAUUUUCAUGAAACGUCCUGAGAUUAAAUAUUAAUUUAUUAUUUCAGCUAUAAAUAAUCUGAUUAUGGGUUAAACUGUCUGACAUUUUGGUCACAAUUUGUUUGUGGUUUUAAUGUUGCUAUAAGAAGGAUAAAUAAAACUCGUUGUUUAA